AUGAUAAAUAUUUACCUAAUUUUAUUUUACCUUGUUUUCAUUUGCGCACAGAAUUCAUAUGCGAAAAAAAUAAAAAAAUAUGAAUACAUCAAUUUAUUAUCAAAUAAAGAUUAUAAAGAAAAACUGAAUAAUUUAAGAAAAAUAUAUAAUACAAAAGACAACAAUGUGGACUUAAAAAAUAAAUAUAUUUAUUCUUUUUAUGGAACCUCAGGAUAUAACAAAAAAAAACUUUUAGAAAGUUUAUUUAACAUUCCUGCUACCACAGAUACAUCAAAUGGUACUACUCCUUCGAAUACAAAUUUCAUAAAUUUAGGGCUUCAACAAAAGUUUGAUUUAUGGUUUGGACAUGAUAUAAAUAAUAAUUUUAAUGUUGUAUUAAAUUUGGAUUUAUUAGAAAAUCAAGAAAUAUUAGAUAAUGGCAAUAAAGUAAUAUAUAAUUAUGAAAGACUAAUAAAUUUUAUCCUUGAGACAACAAAUAGUAUUAUAAUACCUCUAUCGAAGGAUGACAUAAAAUUGGAAAAUUUAUUUGAAAAAAAUGAAACAUCACAAUAUAGAGGGGCAGGUAAUGAAGCAAAACUGCAAAGCGAUAAAUGGGAAGGAAUACAAAAUGAAAAUAAAAAUUUUAAUAACACCUAUGGAUUAAAUAAUGAUUUGAAAAAGGACUCUGUUACAUUUAAAUUUCCACCAAAAAUCGAGCUUUUUUUAAAAUAUUUAAAUGAAAGAAAAAAAAAUGUUCAUAUAUAUUUUGUUCUUUUAGACGAUUUUAAUGAUAAUAAAAAUAAAACAUCACAAUAUAUUUUUUCAAAUUUUGUAACAGGAAUAAAAAAUAAAUUCAACAAUUUAAAUAAUAUACAUUUAAUGAAACAAAAUAAAAUAGAUUUAAAUAUGAUACAAAAAAAUAAUGUAUAUAAACAUAAAUUUUUAAUAGAUAAUGUAGAAAAAGAAAUAAUAAAAAUGAGUAGCUUUAAAAAUUUUUCUGAUUUUAAUCAAAAAUGUGUAUAUAAUAUAUAUGCUAUAGAAGAAGCAUAUAAUAAAACUUUAAGUCAUUUUGAUUCGAUCUAUUUUGAAUAUGAACAAAAUAUAAUUAAUGGAGGUGUUAUAAAAAAUUAUGGAUACUUGUCUAAUGAAUUAUUAAAAGGUGCAUUAUUUUUUUUCCAUAUUUUAACUUUUAAUCAAACAGGAAUUAAACUCAAAAAUGUGAUCAUGGAAAAGUUAGAAAAUAUAUUUGUAGCACUAAUACAUAAACAAAUAUUAAAACAACUAUUAAAUUUACAAGAUAUUUAUUUAAAUAAAGCUAAAAAUAUUAUACUAAAUAAUAAAUCUAUAGAAAAUGAAAAAGAUUUAAUUGAAAAUAAAAAAAAUAAUAAAAUAAAAUAUUUUAAAAAUAUGCUACUAAAAGAAUUUAAACAAGACAUCAAAAACUUAGUAUACCAAAAUGAAGAAACUAAUAAAAAUAGUGUAACAAAUAAUUUUGAUAAAUCUUUAAAUGAAUUUAUAAAACAAUUUGAAGAAAAAUUAGAGACUGUUAUGAAUAAUUACAACGAGUUAAAUAAAAGUCCAUUAAAAAAAUUAUUUGAAAAAAAAAAAAAUGAAACUAAUCAAAGUAAUGCAAAUAAAUUAAUAAAUUGGCUUAAUCCAUCUUUAAAUUUUAAUUUAACCUUAACAUCGUUAAUUAGAAAAAGUGGAUAUGGAAAUCUUCAAAGUUAUUUUAUUUAUGAUUUAGGGAUGUUGACAUUUGUUUUUGGUCUAGUAAAUGAUAGAGAUACAUAUGAUGUUCAGAAAAACCCUGGCAAAGUUCCAUUCUUCAAAUUUCAACCAAAAAUUAAUUUGAAACUAAAUUUUGACUAA